AUGAGAGCCUCUGGACAAACUAUACCUAACAACAGGCAUAAACCACUUGACUAUGUGCCUUCUAACGAACAACUUCAACAGUUAAGCUCUAUGUAUUUCAGUCAAGGAGACCCUGCAGCCUUUGCUUAUUUUCAACAGGAAUUGCUAUCACCUCGUUUACAACAGGCUUUGUUAGACCAGCAAACACUUGUCAAUAAUAACAGUAAUUUGAAUCAAAUACCUCUUCAGCAACAACAACAACAACAACAACAACAACAACAACAACAACAACAACAACAACAACAACAACAUAAUAAUGUAUUAUUGCAUCAGUCAUUACCACCUCAAGAGCCCUUUGUAGAUGGAAAUCAUAAUCCGUCUAUUAUGGUACCACCUCAAUCGCCCACUUUAUCAAGUUACUAUUUUGAGAACGGCUGGGUCAAUCAUUACUAUGAUCCCAAACGUAGACAAUAUUUAUCAAGCCGUGUAGAACCUGAAUUUCAACAAAGAAAACGACAAAGCAUGGAUUAUCAAUACCUGCAUUCUCGAAACAACAAACGACCUUUUACAAACGACAUGCUUCAACCACCUACAAUGCUGUUACACAACACAUAUCUUUCUGCUGCUGCUGCUAAUGCCAUGCAUGCUGCUCAAGCCAAUACAACUACAUCUCAAGCAUCUAUCAUACCAUCAUUGCAUACACCCAAUUCAUCAAGUGCUGAUGAGUGGCGUGAAAGUCUUCUUCAAUAUGCCCAUACUCUUUAUUCAACUUCACCUCAGAACCCAUACCUUUUGCCAUUGCUUCAUUCAUUACACGAUGCAUAUCCUUCUCAUUUACCCACAUUGUUACUUUUAGCUUGUGUUUAUUAUUCUUACCAAGACUACCAGUCCUCUUUGCGUUACAACCAGCUGAUCCUUAAAUAUGAUCCCAAUUAUGUAGAAGCCAUGAGUAAUAUCGGCACCACACUUAGAAGCAUAGGGAAAACAGCAGAGGCAGAGACAUGGUGGUAUCAAGCUGUAAAACUACGCCCUGGCUAUUGGGAUGCUGUUGAAAACCUUGUGGGCGUUUUAUGCGCCAAACCAAGCGAUGAUCAUCGGAAAGAGAAAGACAUGAAUCCAAGGUACAAAGAAGCUUUAGCCGUAUGCGAAUUUGUCGAAAAGUUUUUUUUUAAGAACCAUCUGCCUCAACAACCACUCAAAUCACCCAGUCAAUUGCCUGUUCAUCAACUAUCACGAUUACAGAAUCUAUUUUACGCCAAAGGAAACCUCAAAUACGCUUUGGGGGACAUUCAAGGGGCACAAAGAGAUUACGAAAAAGGUUUAGAACUAGCCUUUGGUGGUAUAGACUUGAUGUCGAUGUGCAAUAUGAUUGUCUAUGCUUGUCAUCCUCACCACCAUUCUUAUGGAGCAUCGUUGAAAGAAAAUGAAUUACCUUUGGUCUUAUUACAGCCAGAUCAAGCCAUUAGGAUACUGCACAUUGUGUUUUCCAACUCAAAUGGUAUCUUGCCUGGCUUGGUUACACUAAACAGUAAUGGUAAUGCAACUAAUUCGGCAGAGACUGUCUCCACCAUUCAGCAGACAAAUCAAAAUACAUCUGUUCUCUUGUUGACAUUAGCCAAACUUUUCCAAGAUAUCAUGAAUCCCUCAACGCCUGCUUUAGCAGCCAUAGCAGCCGUAACGGAACAUAAACCAACACUCGCCACUUUGCUGCCUUUGUAUUAUUUGAGCUUAGCACUUCAUCCAAGCCCUUCUACAGCAAACAAUCUCGGUAUUAUUCUCAGUAAUAUCUCAGGCACGAUUGCUGCUACAGCUAUCAAGAUUGCAACAUCUCAGCAACAAACACCUCUGACGGGCACUAUGUUGGCUAUGCAAUAUUAUAUGUAUGGUUUGCAGCUUGACCCACGACAUCCACAUCUUUAUACCAAUCUAGGCUCGUUGCUUAAAGAUAUGGGUCAUUUGAAUGAAGCAGUGAGCAUGUACGAAAAGGCAGUCGAAUUCAACCCUAAAUUUGAUGUUGCUUUGGCUAAUUUGGGUAAUGCCAUUAAAGAUUUAGGCCGUGUUCAAGAUUCUGUGCAAUGGUAUCGUCGUGCUGUUGAGGUCAAUCCUAACUUUGUAGAUGCUGUCUGUGGUCUUGUCAAUUCACUCAGUGGUGUCUGUGAUUGGCGUGGUAGAGGUGGUGUUGGAAACGAAGCGAGUGUAGAUCAAUACGGUCAAUUCUUUCCAGCAACAGGGGAUAUACACGCAAAGAGUGGUUGGAUUGGUCAUGUUGUGGACAUUGUAGAGAAACAACUUGAUGAGGGCUCUAUUUGGGGAGCUGGUAUUCUCAAAAUAGUAGGGAGCAACCACAAGACGCUGGGAGAGACGUUGAUUGAACGCCUGCUGGAAACCACAGGCAACACAACGAGCAUAGAUCAAUGGAAAUCACGCUUAGCCUUCUUUAAUUCUUUAGACAACAAAAAGAAUGAAGGAAGCUGGCUCAUUCGCUUGAUUGAACGUAUCAUACGUCGUCUUCAACACAAGUGGUAUCUUGAUGCUUUCUCUUCCGACAAAAGUCUACAUAGUCCAAUUGAUGUGACAUCCGAGAUGGUAGAAAAGUAUGCUCGACCUUUAAUUCCAAGUAGCCUGGCCUGUCCGCCUGUCCCUACUGUGCUCCCAUUCCACACGUUUACUUAUCCUCUAAAUGCUCGACAAAUCCGUCUCAUUUCACAUCGAAAUGCACUACGUAUCUCUCAUACUGCCUUGACUUCUACUUGGGUACCUCAUCAUGUCUACCCUCCACCUCCACCUCCUACAUCUCGUUUAAAAAUAGGUUAUGUCUCUUCUGAUUUCAACAACCACCCACUUUCUCAUCUGAUGCAAUCUGUGUUUGGUUUCCAUGAUAAAUCCAAAUACGAUGUGCACUGCUAUGCAACUACGUCCAGCGACAAUUCACCUUAUCGACAAAAGAUUGAGCGUGAAGCAGAACAUUUCUUGGACGUUUCCAGCUGGUCUAAUCAACAAAUUGUUGAGAAGAUUCUAAAGGAUGGUAUUCAUAUCUUGGUCAACUUGAACGGUUAUACAAAAGGUGCACGCAAUGAGAUUUUUGCUGCACGUCCUUGUCCUGUCCAAUGCUCAUUUAUGGGAUUUGCAGGUACAUUAGGUGGUAGUUGGUGUGAUUAUAUUAUUGCUGAUUCCACUGUGUGUCCUCCUGAAAUGGUGAGUGGUCAAGUAUGGCGUCAACGACACCAGCAAACUCUAGGUGGCGAUUUUGAAGGUGAAUUGGAUCCUGAACAAAUAGGCGAUGACUUUGUCUAUACGGAGAAAUUCAUUUAUAUGCCCCACUCUUAUUUCGUGAAUGACCACAAACAAGGCUUCCGAGACGACCAACAUCAUGAUGCGCUUGUACUCCAUAACUCGAAAGCCAAUGAAGACAUGAUAUGGACAGUGGAAGAAGAAAAGCGAUGGAAGAUGCGCCAUGAAGUAUUCCCUCAACUUCCUGACGAUGUAGUUAUUUUCGCCAACUUUAAUCAGCUUUACAAACUUGAGCCGGAUACAUUUAGAAUAUGGUUAAGGAUUUUAGAACGUGUGCCCAAUUCUAUUUUGUGGCUAUUGCGAUUUCCUCCUGCUGGUGAACAACACUUGCGACGAUGUGCUAAUGAUUGGGUAAGCCCGCAGGUAGCCCAACGUGUGAUCUUUACAGAUGUAGCUCCUAAACAUAUCCAUAUCCAUCGAGGCCGUGUGGCUGAUCUCUUUUUGGAUACACCUGAAUGUAAUGCGCACACAACAGCUGCUGAUAUCUUAUGGUCUGGUACGCCUAUUGUGACUUGGCCCAAGUAUAUUCACAAGAUGUGCUCUCGUGUGGGCGCGAGUAUUGCUAUGGCUACUGGUUUUGGUGAAGAGAUGGUAGUCAUGAAUGCACAGCAAUAUGAAAAUAGAGCUGUUGAAUUAGCCAUGAGCCUCAACUAUACCUACGAAACAUCCAAUACAGGCUCUAUCCUUCGCCGUGGCCAUGGUGCUUUGAUGAGUUUGCGUAAACGAUUGUUUUUGACAAGAGAACAAAGUCGGCUAUUUGACACAUUGAAAUGGACUCAAAACCUAGAAAGAGGGUACUCUGAAGCUUGGAGACGUUGGGCAACAGCUGAAGAAUUUGAAGACAUGUCUCCUAGUCAUAUUCAUGAAAAAUCUGGCUGUAUCUGGAUUACAGACCCUGAUGAUCAUUAUCAGUCAAUACCGCCUUCUACGCUUAGUAGUACAUUUGUUUAA